AUGUGGGACUACCGCACCUUCAACACGCGCGCACCAUCCCAGACAAUUCACCACCGACAUCCAACAUAUCGGCGGGAAAGACAACGUGGUCGCCGACCGCUUUCACGUGUGGCCACCAUCAGCUCAGUGCAAAUAACAGCAGACAUCUUCGCCGAGGAUGCCGAGCUGCAGGAACUUCUCAAAGGCAUGUCCUCACUUCAGCUAAAAGAAGUCCCCCUUCCAGGGUGCGACGACAUCGCGGCGACCGUGCUCGAGAUCCCGUACAACUCGCCGCUCCUGGAGUCCCUGGUCGUGUUCCUGCCGGACUCUCCGUUCGGCGGACUCGCGUCGCUCGAGCGGAGUCUCUCCAAGGACAAGAUCAUGGAAUGCCUGGACCACCUUGAGCAGCGGGGUCUCGUCGAUGUGACGCUGCCGAGGCUGAGGCUUUGCUGUGCCACGGACUUCGCUCGACUUCUGCCUUCGAUGGGUGUUCGGGACGCGUUCGGAGCCGCGGCGGACUUCUCCGACAUGACCGGAGCAGGUGCUGCAGGACGGCUGAAGGUGUCGGCCGCCAAGCACUUCGCCGUGUUCCGGCUGGGUCUGCGUUCGGCGGCGGCGAGAAGUGAGGCGCGGUUGACCGGUCUUCCGCCCAUCGCCGACUGUGCGGACGGCCGCAACCUGGAGUUCACGGUGGACCGACCCUUCCUGUUUCUGGUGCUCGGCAAGGACCCCAGCAGCGUCGUCUUCCUGGGCGCGGUCUCCAAACCAAGCGUCUAG